AUGGAACUUCCAAUAGUCAAACCUCUCUCUGGUCCAGUGUUCCAAUCUCACCAACACUUCCACACCAACACUCAUGGGGCACAUCUUUGCUCUUUGAAAGAAACUUGGGACUCUAAAGAAGAAAAGAGGUUACAAGAGGAAGAAACCAAGUUACAAGAGGAAGAAAAGAAGCAGCAGCUAGACACCAAACAACAUUUACACACAACACAAGAGGAGUUGCAGAGCACAGCACAGAAUCUUCAAGAAGAGAGAGAACAGAGAAAGUUACAAGAAGAACUACAACAGAAAACCACUAUUUUCAAAUUUCUUGACACAUGCCAUACCCAUUUGUUCCUUGGCCUUACAGUUAGACACCCUAAAGACUCAACAAAGGGUGAUCUGGCGAACCCAGGUCUUAUGGACUCGAAUUUUGUUCAAAAUCAGCAUUUCAAAUCACUAUCUUUAUUAGCAGAAUCCGGGGCAGAGUUGCAUACUGAGAAAACAGGAUCUGAAUUAGAUCUUCAACAGUUCCAGCAUGAGACCCUCACACGGCCCAUCCAUUCAGUAAUUGCAAAGCUAUAUUCAGAUGAGCACAUCCAGCAGCACUUUCAAUUGCUUGGGGCAAUCACCUUUGAGAAUCAUGGAAAUACCCUAACUGAAGAGUCUCUUGAAGCUGCCCCAUCCAACAAACCCUCAUGGCCAGCAAAAUUCCAAAAGACUGGCACCAGAGAUGCCACGCCCGCCAGUACACCACAGUCAUCUCGCUCAUUGGCUGACAAAUUUUGUGUAUAUAAUAAAGGAGACAGUCAAAAUGUUCCUGUAUAUAUCAUGGAGCUGAAGGCCCCUCAUAAAGUUCCACAGUCAACAAUCAAAUCUACCCUGCAGGAAAUGGACUUGGAUGAAGUGAUUGUGCACAGGCCAGAUGAGCCCAAUAAGGUUGCAUGCCACCAUGAGAUGGCUGCUGAUCACUCAGGCAUUCUCCUACAUGGUCAAAUCCAGAGUAGGAUACAGCACUGGUGUCUCAUCUAUCAGGAUGAGACCAUCCUGUCCUCCCCACAGACAGUGUCUACACAGGAUUACACACCAGAAUGGGAAAGUCAAGAUGACUAUCUCAAGCACUCUCCUAUCAUCACAAGGGCAAAGAAGGCUCCGUUGUUUCAUCCUUCAUCACCAUGUAACCCACCUCAGGCGUCGCGAAGUCCUGCAAACAGCAGUGAUGAAGAUACUUCUGAUCCAACAGGUUCCUUAAGCAAAGCGCCACAGCACUCAGCCAAUGUUAUGGUUGUAGUCCCCACUCACUCCAGCAAGAUGUCAUCCGAAAGAAACUCCACCAGCCAGAUUAGAUCACAGCCAUACUGCACCCAAUGGUGCCUCCUCAGACUCUCCAAAGGAGGGCCAUUGGACCAGGAUUGCCCCAAUAUUGCUGACCAUGGCACUGACAAACAUCCAAUCAGUCUAUCUGAAUUUGUAUCUCUCCUUCACAAAAGGCUUUCAUACCAGGAUAACCACCAUUAUGGUGCAUACAAGUCCACUGGAUGUGAAUCUCUCCACAUUCAUGGCUCCCGCGGGGCAUUGUUCGAGAUCAUCCUUAUUCAAUAUGGGUAUAAGCUGGUGGGGAAAGGCUUUCCAGCCAAUUUCACUCAAUAUUUACAGCAGGAGGAAGCUGUUUACAAGCACCUUCUCCCCAUACAGGGACAACACAUCCCCAUGUGUCUUGGUGUUCUGGAUCUUUCCCAGCAACAGCUAUUCUAUAAUGGAAUUGCAAGAAUACCCCAUCUCCUUCUUCUCAGCCAUGCUGGACUUCCCCUUCACCAGUCUGAUAUUGACCAUGAACAUCUCUUUCGGGCAGCCAAGGAGUCACUUCAAGCAAUUCACAAGCUCAGGGUUCAUCAUUGCAAUACCUAUACCCAUAACAUGUUCUGGAACCCAGAGAAUGAAAAGGUGAUUUUUAUUGACUUCAAGCAAGCAGAAAUCCAGAAUCUCAGAUUCCUUUUCAAGACUACAUCAUUAGAACAAAGGUGGAAGGAGCAGGAUACAACAAAACAAGCACAGACCACUGGAAUGCUUAGUUAUGAGAUGCAGAGAAUGUGUUUCAAUCUCAAAUGCAAACUUACAUACCUUAGCUGA